GGAAGAACAACAUAAGUCAGGACGAGAAAGAUCGCAUCGUUCACCCGAAUUAGCAGAUCAACAGAUAGGAAUAGGGGAAACUGUGCAAGAUGCCGUUAUCGUUGUAGUGAUGGUUGUAUUACAAG